UUCUCCAACUGUCCAUUUUUCUGCCACGUACAACAUCAGCUUCGCCACCACUACCAAAUGGCAAUUGUCAAACUCUCUCCCUAAUUUUCUUUCGGCAACUCUAUAAAUUCUCUACAUUUUCGAUCAAUUCCUUUUCUUUUCUUCACUAAUAUGCUCAAAAGACUUCUCAUUUCUCGCCGCUUCAUCUGUCAUUACAAACCCACCUAUAAUUCGGCGAAGAAACCCGACAAUUCGGAAUCCUUUCCAUUUUCUUGGCCGUUAUCGGUGGUUUCUUGCCGGCCCAUCAACUUUUCUAGAGUUCUGGCCAUGGCGGAUGGCGGGUCCCCUAAAACCGCGUCGUCGAAGCCCCAGAAGCACACUAACCGGCUUGCAGCGGAGCACAGUCCUUACCUUCUUCAACAUGCCCAUAAUCCUGUUGAUUGGUAUCCAUGGGGUGAGGAGGCGUUUGCAGAAGCAUCCGUGGAGAAAUCAGGUAACAGCAGAAUCACAAUCAUUGAUUACUGAUAAGCAUUCAAAUUUGAGUGAAAAUUACAGAAUACCAACAUAUGCG